AUGAAUCCCAAAAGCGACGACACACCGGUGAGCAGAUAUGGGCAGAUAUGCAGCUUCCUGUUUCACCUGAAAGUCUUAAUGGGAUACGCAGUGUACAACUACUUCUCCCAGCACUUUGUGACCGUACUUUUGCGUCGUCUUUUCUGUCCGGUCGUGGUUCAGCUGGACAGUGAUAAGUGUUGGAGAGAGCGUGACCAGACAACGCAGCUGUGCGAAGCGAUCCGGCCGGAGUUUGCCGGCUUGAGCGGUACCAGGAACGUCGUCCGAACUGGCCACAGCAGCAAAAGCACCGGCACCAACAUGAUUGACGCCCACGGUAACGCCUUACCACCGCUCAGUCCCUCCAGCAACAACAACACCACAACCGAGCUGGAGAAUGACAAACCGAUGCUACCGAUGACACCCGCAAAAGCGCUCGAUUACCAUGGCGUACACUUGACGGACUUCGAAAAGCAGGAAAUCGAGAAGUACAAGGAAAUUUACUAUCUCGGGCUGGACGCACGCAAAAUCAACGCAAAGGCAGGCAUUGGCCCUAAUUCUGGUUUCGAUGACGAGAAUGGAUGCUAUCAGAAGAUUGUACACGAUCACAUCUGCUACCGGUACGAGAUCCUGGAGAUCAUUGGCAAGGGCAGCUUCGGACAGGUGAUCCGAGCACUGGACCACAAAACCAAACAGUACGUGGCAAUCAAGAUCAUCCGCAACAAGAAGCGCUUCCAUCAUCAGGCCCUCGUCGAAGUUCGGAUACUGGACGAGCUGCGGAAGAAGGAUGCCGACGGAAGCCACCAUGUCAUUCACAUGCUCGAUUACUUCUACUUCCGCAACCAUCUCUGCAUCACGUUCGAGCUUAUGAGCCUCAACCUGUACGAGCUGAUCAAAAAGAACAACUACCAAGGAUUCAGCCUGAGCCUCAUCAAGCGGUUCUGCAACUCGAUCGUUAAGUGUUUAAGAUUUCUCGACGAGUUGGACAUCAUUCACUGUGAUCUAAAGCCGGAAAACGUGCUACUGAAACAGCGUGGCAGUAGCACGAUAAAGGUCAUCGAUUUCGGCAGCUCGUGCUUUUCGGACCGAACCGUCUACACCUACAUCCAGUCCCGGUUUUACCGAUCGCCGGAAGUCAUCCUCGGCUACCCGUACGACAAGGCGAUCGAUAUGUGGAGCUUAGGAUGCAUUUUGGCCGAGCUGUACACCGGAUAUCCACUGUUCCCAGGCGAGAACGAAGUCGAACAGCUGGCGUGCAUAAUGGAAAUAUUGGGCAUACCGUCCAAAGAGAUCUUCCAGCUGGCGACCAGGAAACGAUUAUUCUUCGAUUCACGAGGAGUUCCACGGUGCAUAACCAACUCGAAGGGACGCAAGAGGAAACCGGGCUCGAAGACACUGUCGCAAGCGCUACGAUGCAACGAUACCGUAUUCAUCGAUUUCGUCAGCAAAUGUUUGGAGUGGGAUCCCCAUAAGCGUAUGACGCCGGAGCAGGCGGCACGGCACGAAUGGCUCCAGGUGAGCGCAUCCAAGGCCUACUUCGGCUCCAAGUCCAAGGAAAGCAGCGACACCCAGCUGAACUUCCUUCACAAGCAACAACGAUCUCAGCCAAUGACACCAAACACCAUCCUGCCAGAGAUAAAGACUCCCUCCAACCGUACGCUACGGUUUACCAAAGAGCGCGUCAAAGCAACUGAUCUCGAAACGGCACAACAGCAAUCCUCAUUACAUCGGUUGACUAACGUCCGGAAGGUAACAGCGACCGGCCUAACGAACAUCACCAACAACAACCACGGUAUCAGCCAUCACUUGCACGCCGGUGCGGUAGGUGGAAGCGGAGGUAGCAACAACAACAAUAUCAACACCAGCGGCAGCACGCAGACAAUAAACGGGACGUCCAAGUACGCGUCGUCGACGUCGUCCGCGCACCAUCAUCACCACCAUCACGGUAGCGCGAUGCCCCAUUCGCAAAGUACCGGCGACGUGUCGGCCAUCUUCGGCCGGGCAUGA